UUGUAUUUUUCAAAAAAUCUAAAUACAUUGUUAUAAAGUACUUUUGAGACUAUUAAAGUCUUGUUUAAAAUAUUUUUGCAUACCUACUGUUGUAUCGCUGAUAUUCACUUAGAAAGUCGAAACAUAAAAGUCAAUUUUCUUCAAAGUAUACGUCAAAAGGACUAUUAACUUGAAACGAAGAGUAGAAAAAUGUAGUGCUGGACUCGUAUAUACUAAUAUAUGGUUUCUGGAAUUGAUCGGAAGAUCACGCGAGAGACUUUCACGUUCGUACCAACAAUGACAAGUUGUACCAUCUUAUUUCACCUUGUUUGUUGUAUUUUAAUGGGCCUCAUGACAUCGUCGAAACCGCUGUCGAUUUUACUCCUGCAAUCUCUUCCAUCGACCAGUCAUCACAUUUGGGCGACGAAUUUGGUCAAAGGAUUGCUUCGCGAAGGCCAUCAAGUACACGCAGUGAGCACACUCAAGACUAAGGUCGAGGGUAAACUCGCACAGAACUUGACAUACGCCGUUUUUGAAGGUCUUAUGAAUUCUUCCGAUAAAUACGAGGAUUAUGGUCCGGCACAGUGGGAAAAAUACAAUGCAUUUCAUAUGGCGUAUGUUACAUAUCAAUGGGCCAUCUACGGAUGUGACAGAGUGAUAAAAACUAAUGCAGCGAAAGAACUUUUAGAAAUGAUCAAGACUGUUAAGUUUGAUGUCAUAGUGCAAGACGUUACUCUACAUCAAUGUUUGUAUGGACUGUGGAAGGUUGCUAAAGGUAAGCCACCCAUAGUUGGCUUUAUUCCGUUAGGCGCUGCACCAUGGCUCAAGGAUUAUAUCGGUGGUCCAAGUUACUCAACUGUUCGACCUUAUGCAAGUUCAGAUAUUGCAAAACCCGUAGGUUUGUGGCAGAGAACGUGGAAUACUCUGUAUUUUAUCGCGGACGAUUUUAUGAGACACUAUUAUUUCUUGCCUAUCGUUCAACGGCUCGCCGAAGAAUACAUAGGCCACUCAAUCCAGCCAUUACAUGAAAUAGAAAAAGACAGUAUUAAUAUCGUAUUAAUCAAUAGUUAUUGUGCAUUCGAGCCUGGGAUUCCAUUGCCACCGAAUGCUCUGGAGACUGGAGGAUUGCAUGUUCAGGUCGUGCAACCGAUUGUUGGAGACGUAGUGGUAACAUAUUCUGAGGAUGUGCGGAUAUUUCUUGAUGGAGCAAAGACCGGAGUCAUCGUAAUAUCGUUAGGAACAAAUUUAAAAUGGAAAACUGUUGAACUGAACAAGAUUAAGAGCAUAGUAUUGGCUUUGUCAAAACUAAAGCAACGAGUGCUUUGGAAGCUAGAUGCUAAAGCUAAAGUGCCAUUUAAAAUACCGGAAAAUGUAAUGACUGUGAAAUGGAUACCGCAACGAGAAGUUCUGUCUCAUAAGAAUGUGAAAGCAUUCUGGGCGCAGGGUGGUCUUCUCAGCACGCAAGAAGCCAUUUGGGAAGGUAUACCUAUGAUUAUAACGCCUUUUUUUAUGGAUCAAAAGUCCAAUGCGGAAAUAUUAGUGGCUAAAGGCGUUGGUAUUCGUUUGGAUUUUAAAAUUCUAUCCACGCAGUCCGUACUACACGCAAUUGAAGAAAUAUUUUACAAUAAAAGUUAUACAAAAAACAUGAAACGAUUAUCCAGCGAAUUCCGGGAUCGACCAUUACCGCCAUUAGAUUUAGCUAUUUGGAGCAUUAAACACGCCGCUCGUCAACCAAAUGGAAGUUUAACAACGCCGCUGAGAUCUCAAAGCUGGGUGGAACAAAAUCUAAUCGAUGUCUAUGCAUUUCUGGUUUUUACUGUUUUUAAUCUUUUGAUAAUAUUGUUAAGUGUAUUCUUUGCAUUAAAGUUACUCAUUAAUUUUUGUUAUAAUCGCAUCGUGUCUAAAUUGAGCAAGAGUAAACAGUCGUAAGUUGUUAAAAUAUUAACAGAUAUUUCGUAUAGUUAUAUAUAAUGUUAUACGUAAUAUAAGAAAAUAGAAUUAAUAAAUAAAUGUAGAAACUGUGGUAUUAACUCUAUAUAGAUAUUGUAAGUAAUAAAUAAUAUGUUGUAUUAUGAUAAAUUGUCCAAAUAAAUAAA